AAAACAUUUUUUUCUAAAACGUCAUGUUUUCGAGUUAUUACUUUUGGCCAGCUUUUUUCGAGUUUAGCCCACUGUGCAACGGUGCAAUUCUCCGUCGGCAAGUUUGAUGUCAGCGUUGCGAUGGAAAUGAAGAUUGUGCGGUUGAUAAUGCAGUUUGCAGUCUCGUUUAUUCUUUUUUCCGUUUUUUCUCCCCUCGAUAUUUGUUAAAUCUGUCAAAUGAUGCUUCCUGAAAACAAAAAGUCAUUUAAUUCAUCAUUGAGUGUACUGAGAUAAAAUUUAUCUGAUUUAUCAUUGGGCAGUAUUCUCGUCUGCUAUUAAAAUUUUCUACUGAAAAAUAAAUGUUUAAUAUGUCAUUGACGCGUACUACUGGUUUUCGAUCGAAGAUUGGAGGUUUGUAGCUAGAAAUUAAAAUUCAUGAUACAGAAAUCUGAUCAAUCAUCAACGACUAUCAUAAUGCAGGCAUUAAUCUUAUGAUCUCAGUAAUUUCAAAUUGGUUCCCAAAGACUCCACUACGAGUCUCCACCGAUUUAGAUACAAAAAUGAGGUAGUAGUACAAUUUAAAUGAGAAAUACUUUUUUUUAAUUUUUAGAUAGGUAAUGCAAUUCGACAAUAAAUUACACAAAGCUUUAUUUUAAAGUUUAUUACAUAAAAAUUCACGCAAAUUACAAAAAAAGUAAAAGAAAGAAGCAAAAUGUAAUCAAAAUUAUAGACUAAAUAUUCUUCAAACUUGCGCAAUAUUUAUUUUUCUAUAAUUCAUAAAAAGAUAAAUAUUUGUGCACGAUCAUAAAUAUUAUAUUAAUAGAGAUUCCAAAUGCAAUAAAAUAAGCCGUAAGAAAGAAAUCCAAGUGGUACCACAGUCUGCGGUGCUUAGAACCUUACGAAGCGCAAGUUAGAAACAAGACAACAUUGCGCAACGUACCAGAGAGACGGAAUUAAAUUAAUGUGAUCGAUUGCUUAUGAAAUUUAUGUGCAAAUCGAGUAGCUGUAAGAAAUUUGUCCCGUCUUAGGAUAGUACGAACAAUUUAUUGGUUGAAUGGUUGUUCAGCGACAAACGACGAAUUGCACGCGUUACGACUAGCGCAUUCGUGCUCUCAAGUCAUUACGUGGCUUUAGGCACAUUUCAAUCAGAGUGCAACGACCGCUCGACUGGAAAUUGCGGAACUGUCAGGAGCGCAAUAGGAUGAUUGCAAUUCGAUGCGACGCUUGAGAUCGUGGCUGCCGCGACUCGACGUGCACACUUGCGCAUUGCACAAGAACGAUAAACAAGGAAAAUAUGUGUCACAAUCUCCAAAAAUUGAAAAAAAUUAUUUCAGACAUUUUGAAUUGUACCGUUAUUUAUUUUAUCGUAAUAAUUAAUAUCUUAUGAUAAAACGUUUCCCUUUCAUUUUCAAAUACUUGUAAAUAUGCACAAAUGUUACUGAAACUUUUUAGAAUAUUUCGAAAAGCACCGAAUCACAAUGUUUGUCAGAACGUACAAAUACAAUCAUGAAACUUUUAGAAAAUGCAACAACAUUUUAGCAAAAUUAGUUGAUAUGUUCAUAAUUUUUUUUCUAUCCAAUAAAUUUGACGAAAAUUUAAAAGCGACGUUAGGAAUAAUGAUAAUAUAAUCAAUUAUUAGUUUCAUAAUCGAUCCAGCUAAAGGAUAAUACGCGUUAGUACCUUGGUUCCUUCCACCUCGCAAAUAAUUUCUCCGGACUAAACUAUACCUGACCGGCCGAAUCAUAAAUAGCAGCGAGGCGCGAAAAUUUUCGUUAGUUUGCGAUGGAUUCUAGGAGCGCAAGGUCUAUAGUGUUUUUCCUGUUUCUUUUAACAUCGUAUGAAAAUGUUUAUCUUCAGCCUCAGAUCUUCAGUACUAAAGACAUCGUUAAUAACAUUAAUAAUAGUUUCAUAAUUGAUCAAUUCUUCACAUCGAACAUCAAGCACACAGAGAGGAUUGCCGGUGGCAGCUACGCGAACGAGGGUCAAUUUCCAUUCAUGGCAGUCGUGCAUCGAUUGAUCGAUGGCAGACGAAUCGCUCAAUGCGGCGGCACCGUCAUCUCCAAGAGAUGGGUGCUGACUGCGGGGCACUGCGUCGCUACCCGGUUCCCGCUGCGAUUCUUCGUGGUUUUUGGGAUCGUUGACAAGACCGGAAUCGGUUACAGCGUUAAUAGAGGACCCGGGCUCGCGAUGAUGACCACCCGCGCCUUCGUGCACCCCAAUUACUUCUACAGCAAGAACGACAUCGGGCUGUUACGCAUGCCGCGAGAUAUUCCUUUCUCAGGGAAGAUUCAGCCGAUACACUUAGCCGGUCCCAGGGAGAGCAGAGUAUUGGCUGACACUACUGCUUGCGUGGUCGGAUGGGGUCGCGAGGGCUCCGGGCCUACUGGUACCAGAAGAUUGAAGUACGCCCUGAUGCCGUUGAUUUCGAAACGCGCGUGCACCAUGUUCUGGAGGGUGGACUACAGAAAUAUCUGCACAGUGCCGGGGCUUGGGAAGAACGCCUGUCAGGGUGACAGUGGAGGUCCUCUUUUCAUAAUGAGGGACAAUCGACCGCUGCAGAUCGGCAUCGUGAGCUACGGGGAUGCUCACUGUCCGAGUGGUAGACCCGGAGUCUACACCAGAGUGGCGGCGUUUGCGGGAUGGAUCCGACGUGUUACUGGAAUGCGACUUUAGAAUUUGUUAAUAAAUAAACAUAAUAUUAAUGUGUCAAGAUA